CCCAAGAUGGUUGGCAUUUGAAGAAAUUAGUUAAUUACUCAAAUCUUGAAUUAAUGUCCAUGACAAACAGUCUUGUCUCCAAUGUUGAUCACAACAUGCAAGGGGAAACGAUAUAUCCAAAACCUUUUUCUACUUAAAAGGUGUACAAGAUUUAAAAUGAAUUUGAGAAAAUUCGUAUUUUUACUGACAGGAAUCGUAAUAUUUACUGUCAUUGUCCUUGUAUACAUUUGUGGCGAUGUAUCAUGCAGUUCAAAGGGACAUAUUCAACGUAAAGAUCCUUAUGUGGUUUCCCCAAUCGCUGAUUCCCUAAAUGCCUAUAGAGUUGGGAGGCUACCCUUCAAUGUAUUUGGUGCUAAAGAUCUCGGAGAAGUUCGCCAUGUCAAACUAGACCAGGAAGAUGUCCUUGUUUUCUUGCACAUGCAAAAGACUGGUGGGACAACAUUUGGUCACCAUUUAGUAAAAAAUCUUGAUAUUGAAUCUCCGUGUCAGUGUUACAAGAACAAAAAGAAAUGUGAUUGUUUUACAUCAAAAGGGACCCUAUGGUUGUUCAGUCGCUAUUCAACUGGAUGGUUGUGUGGGCUGCAUGCAGACUGGACAGAACUAAAGAGUUGUGUAAAUGAGGCAAUGAACAGAAAAGAGGAUCAAGUCCGUAACAGAAACUAUCAUUACAUUACCAUUCUUCGUGAUCCGGUGAAACGCUAUCUGAGUGAGUGGAAGCAUGUACAACGGGGAGCAACUUGGAAAACAUCCAAACUUAUUUGCAAAGGUCAUAGCGCGGCGGGCUUAGAAGUGCCGUUCUGCUUCAAUGGCUCUGACUGGGAAGGCGUCACACUGGAUGAAUUCAUUAACUGCAAAAGUAACCUUGCGAAAAACCGUCAGACACGCAUGCUUGCUGAUCUGACAGAGGUUAACUGUUAUAACACAUCAUCUAUGAGUUCAGAGGAACGGGACCAACUUAUGCUGAAAAGUGCCAAAAAGAAUUUGUUAAGAAUGGCAUACUUUGGUCUCACAGAAUUUCAGUUGCGGACUCAAAAGCUUUUUGAGUAUACGUUUGAUAUCAAGUUUAAAACUCCAUUUACGCAGCUUGCAAUAACGCGCAGUGAUUUAACAAAUAUUACACUCCAGCAGCAGGAACGGAUUCUUGCUCAAAAUAGUCUGGACAUAGAUCUUUAUCAGUAUGCGAAAGAUCUGUUCUUGCAGAGAGUACGUAAGAUGAGAAAUGAACAGGGGGAGUACGAAGAAUACAAUUAUAGUGAGUUGACAUAUUCCAAGGACCGCUUUGAUGACUCAGUUGACAUAGCUGAAGAAGAAGAUGAUGUAUAGUCUCUAUUGUGUGUCACACGUGCUAGUCUUAGUGAUAAUGUCAAAGAGAGCCAGCAAUUCUUGUCAUAUUUAUUAUUUUGAUACUUAAACCUUUACCCCUUAGUAACUUAUUUGAAAGCGUUUGUUGUCUCUUAGAAAAACAAAUUAAAUGUUAGACUCUCUGAUUACAUGUAGGUUAAAUUAUAAAGGCUUCAUGCCCAACCCUAAGAUUUUCAAUUGAUUAGAAGCAAACAGCAUGAAACCAUAACAGACAGCAGAUUUCUAGCAGAUUACUCACAGGCUGUUUGGGUUUUAUGUUGGUUGCAUAUAGCCAUUUUCAUUUGCUUCUGAGCUGGAAAGGGUUAACACUUUCACAAGGAGUUUUAUUUGGUGUGAAUAAUUGGUUGACAUGAAUUUAAGAUUUAACUGUCUAUGCCAACGUUGAUCUACUCACAAAUGUGGCAAGAUAGUGCAAUGUAUGAAUUUGUGUCUUAUUCUGUGAAAACUGGGCAAAUUCAUGUGCGUGAAGUGUCGUCCCAUAUUAGCCUGUGCAGUCCACACAGGCUAAUGAAUCAGGGACAGCACUUUCCACUUUAAUGGCAUUUUUUUGUUUAAAGGAAGACCCUUUUUUUACAGAAAAUCUAGUUUAAGCAGAAAAUGUCUUCCCUGAUAAACCUGUGCGGACUGCACAGGCUAAUCUGGGAUGGCACUUUACGCACAAGCAUUAUGCCCAGUUUUCUCAGAACCCGACUCAUUAGCUCACCUGAGCACAAUGUGGUCAUGGUGAGCUUUUGUGAUCGCCUUUUGCCCUUGGUCUGUCGUGCGUCUGUCGUCAACAUUUUGCCUUGUAAACACUCUAGAGGCCACAUUCAUUGUCUGAUCUUCAUGAAAUUUGGUCAGAACAUUUGUCCCAUUGAUACCUGGACUGAGUUCGAAACUGGGUCAUGCUGGGUCAAAAACUAGGUCACUAGGUAAAAAAAAGAAAAACCUUGUGAACACUGUAGAAGUCACAUUUGAUUCCCAAUCUUCAUGUAACUUUGUUAAAAUGUUUGUCUAAAUGAUAUGUUAGUUGAGUUCAAAAAUGGUUCCGGUCAGUUGAAAAACAUGGCCGCCAGGGGUCGGGGCAGUAUUCCUUAUAUGGCUAUAGAGAAACCUUGUGAACUCUCUAGAAGUCACAAUUUUUCCCCAAUCAUCAUGAAACUUGGUCAAAACAUUGGUUUCAUUGAUAUCUCGGACGAGUUUGAAAUUGUCCAGAUGGGUGAAAAAACAUGGCCGCUAGGGGGCGGGGCAGUUUUCCUUAUAUGGCUAUAGUAAAACCUUGUUAACACUCUAGAGGCCACAUUUAUUGUCCAAUCUUCAUGAAGUUUGGUCAGAAGAUUGGUCUCAAUAUCUUCGAUGAGUUCAAAAUGGUUUUGGUUGCUUUAAAAACAUGGCCACCAGCAGGGGUGGGGCAUUUUUAUCCCCCGCCAGAGGCGGAGGGAUAUUGUUUUGGCGUUGUCCGUCCGUCCAGCUGUCAGUCUGUCCGGCACUUUUGUGUCCGGAGCCAUAUCUUAGAAGUGCUUUGGCGGAUUUCAUUGAAACUUGUUAUGAGUAUAUAUAUGCAUAAGAGGAUGAUGCACGCCAAAUGGCAUUGUACACCAUCUGUUAAAAACAGAGUUAAGUCCCUUUGUAUCUUGAAAAAAUGCUUUUUACUAUAGGCUCUUUUGUGUCUUGAGCCAUAUCUUGGAAGUGCUUUGGCGGAUUUCAUUGAAACUUGGUAUGAAAAUAUAUAUGCAUAAGAGGAUGAUGCACGCCAAAUGGCAUUGUAUACCAUCUGUUCAAAACAGAGUUGUGGCCCUUUGUAUCUUGAAAAGAAGCUUUUUACUAUAGGCACUUUUGUGUCCGGAGCCAUAUCUUAAAAGUGCUUUGGCGGAUUUCAUUGAAACUUGGUAUGAGUAUAUAUCCCCCGCCAGAGGCGGAGGGAUAUUGUUUUGGCGCUGUCCCUCCGGCUGUCCGUCCGUCACUUUUGUGUCCGGAGCCAUAUCUUGGAAGUGCUUUUGCGGAUUUCAUUGAAACUUGGUAUGAGUAUAUAUAUGGAUAAUAGGAUGAUGCACGCCAAAUGGCAUUGUACACCAUCUGAUAAUAACAGAGUUAUGGCCUUUUGUAUCUUAAAAAAAAUGCUUUUUUUAGUGUCAAAUAUAACACUUUUGUGUCCAGAAGUACAUAGGCGGGGGAUAUCAAUCCAACGAAUUUGCUUGUUCCUUAUAUGGCUAUAUAUGGCUAUAGUAAAACCUUGUGAACACUCUAGAGGCCACAUUUAUUGUCGAAUCUUCAUGAAAUUUGGUCAGAAGAUUGGUCUCAAUGAUAUCUUGUAUGAGUUUGAAAAUGGUAACCUUUGCAUGAAAAACAUGGCUGCCAAGGGGCGGGGCAUUUUUCCUUAUAUGGCUAUAGUAAAAUCUUGUUAACACUCUAGAGGCCACAUUUAUUGUCCGAUCUUCAUGAAAUCCGGUCAGAAGAUUCAUCCUAAUACUAUCGUGGACGAGUUCAAAAAUGAUAUUGGUUGGUUGAAAAACAUGGCGGGGCAUUUUUCCUUAUAUGGCUAUAGUAAAACCUUUUUAACACUCUGGUGGCCACAUUUAUUUUCCUAUCUUCAUGAAACUUGGUCAGACGAUUUGUCCUAAUGAUAUCUUGGAUGAGUUAGAAAAUGAUUUCGGUUGCUUAAAAAACAUGGCCACCAGGGGGCGGAGCAUUUUUCCUAAUAUGGCUAUAUAUAUAUUAUCAUGCUUUAGUAAAACCUUGUUAACACACUAGAGGCCACAUUUAUUGUCCAAUCAUCAUGAAACUUGGUCAGACAAUUUGUCCCAAUGAUAUAUUGGAUGAGUUCGAAAAUGGUUCUGGUUGGUGUAAAAACAUGGCCACCAAGGGGGCGUAGCAUUUUUCUUACAUGGCUAUAGUAAAACCUUGUUAACACUCUAGAAGCCAUAUUUAUUGUAUGAUCAUCAUGAAACUUUGUCAGAAGAUGUGUCCCAAUGAUAUUUUGGAAAAGUUCGAAAUUGGUUCCAGUUGCUUAAAAAACAUGGCCACCAGUGGGCGGGGCAUUUUUCCUUAUAUCAUGGACUUAUGAAUCUUCAUGAAACUUUGUCAGUAUAUUUGUUUAAAUGAUAUCUUGGAUGUUUAUGAAAAUCUUUCUGGUCUGUUGAAAAACGUGGCUGCCAGGGUGUUCACUAGUCAUAGAGGUUGUUAAGAACAUUUUGUUCUAAAGACAUCUUGGGCUGCACAGAACAGGUCAGUUCCUUUGAAUCUCAGCCAGAUGAGUGACUUUGGACCUUUCAGGCCCUCUUGUUUUAUCAAAGCAGCAGCAUGUCAACAGUGCUUUCAAAUUGUAUGUAAUUUCACUGCGUUUUUUGUUACUAGAUGAACAACUUAAUUCUGAAGGAAAGAAUGCCAUAGCAUGACAACUUAUCUCUUAUCACAGCAUCUGUUAUUGUAAAUAGUUAGUGCCAAUUAUAUUGAACUAAAAGUAUGUCAAUAUAUGGCAAUGCUCAUUUCAUGUGCAUUUUUUAAACUAACAACUUUUUUCAGUGGGAUCUUUUUUGAGCGCGCUGAACCCAUGUGUUCAGAUUUAUUUAUAACCUAUUUUUUAUAAUAUUGUUGCAUGAAGAGGCAGCUGUCAUGCACCUUUUGAAAAACAGUUUAAAUGGUUGUGUUUAUGGUGAUAAAUUUACAAACGUUUAGUUUUUGAUUCAUUUACUAAUUCAUUGUAACGAGCUAUUGCCUUCAGUAAUUAGUAUAAAUAUGGGGUAUAAAUAUAUACUGGGAAGUGUAUAUCACAGAAGAAAACUUAAAAAUGUAAAUACUUCAGGAAUAUUAUUUACUGCAUACUGGUAUUUGACUUUUUUGUUGACAAUUUUGUUAAUGAAAUAACAAAUACUUUUCUUCUGUUGGUUUUCUUUGUAGAAUUUUUAUUUUUUAUU